GUCCACGGCGUGACCUUCAACCCGUACCACCCGGCCAGUCAGGGCGAUAGCACACCCGGCACAUCGGCCCGCUCCUCGCCGCGCCCCUCGCCGCGGCCCGUGGCGCGGCCAUUCUCAAGCCCAGCACCCAUUGUCGGGGAGGACUUACAGCCGCUGAUGUUUGCAACGUGGGGAGUCAAGCACGUCAAGUUCUGGGUCCGGUCCUGGGACGAG